AUGUCUUUGCAAUUGUUGAAUCCUAAGGCAGAAUCGUUGAGACGUGAUGCAGCUUUGAAAGUUAACGUUACCUCCGCUGAAGGUUUACAAUCUGUUUUGGAGACUAACUUGGGUCCAAAAGGUACUUUAAAGAUGUUAGUGGAUGGUGCUGGUAACAUUAAAUUGACUAAAGACGGUAAAGUUCUUUUGACUGAGAUGCAAAUUCAGUCUCCUACCGCAGUGAUGAUUGCUCGUGCUGCAGCAGCUCAAGAUGAAAUUACUGGUGAUGGUACAACUACCGUUGUUUGUUUAGUUGGGGAAUUAUUGAGACAAGCUUAUAGAUAUAUCCAGGAAGGUGUACAUCCAAGAAUCAUUACCGAUGGGUUUGAAAUUGCUCGUAAGGAAGCUUUACAAUUUUUAGAUGAAUUUAAAAUAUCAAAGAAUCAAUCUGAAGGUGAAUUGGAUCGAGAAUUCUUAUUACAAGUUGCAAGAUCUUCUUUAACUACUAAAGUUAACCCAGAAUUGACAGAAGUUUUGGCCCCAAUUGUUACAGAUGCAGUAUUGAAUGUACAAAAUGAAGAAAAUAACAGUAAUAUAGAUUUACAUAUGGUAGAAAUAAUGCAAAUGCAACAUUUAUCCCCAAAGGAUACUACUUUUAUCAAAGGUUUGGUUUUGGACCAUGGUGGUAGACACCCAGACAUGCCUUCUAGAGUCGAAAAUGCCUAUAUUUUGAUUUUGAACGUAUCCCUAGAAUAUGAAAAAACUGAAGUUAACUCAUCAUUUUUCUACAGUUCAGCUGAACAAAGAGAUAAAUUAGCUGCAAGUGAAAGAAAAUUCGUUGAUGCCAAAUUGAAAAAAAUUAUAGAUUUGAAAAAUGAAGUUUGUGGAUUAGACUCUAACAAAGGUUUCGUUAUCAUUAAUCAAAAGGGUAUUGACCCAAUGUCCCUUGAUGUCUUGGCAAAACAUAAUAUCUUAGCUUUAAGAAGAGCUAAAAGACGUAACAUGGAAAGACUACAAUUAGUUACUGGUGGUGAAGCUCAAAACUCAGUAGAUGAUUUGGAUCCUUCAGUUUUGGGUUAUUCAGGUUUGGUUUAUCAAGAAACCAUUGGUGAAGAAAAAUUCACCUAUGUUACAGAAAAUAAAUUACCUAAAUCUUGUACUAUUCUAAUCAAAGGUGCAGCCCAUUAUCAAUUAAACCAAACCAAAGAUGCUGUUAGAGAUGGUUUAAGAGCAGUUGCGAAUGUUCUAAAGGACAAGAAUGUGGUUCCAGGUGCAGGUUCUUAUUUCAUUUCAGCAUCUCAACAUUUGAAGACCGCUAAUAUGAGUAAAUUAGGCGCUAAAGGUAAAACAAAGACUGGUAUAGAAGCAUUUGCAGAAUCUUUAUUGAUUAUUCCAAAAACUUUAGUUAAAAACUCAGGAUACGAUGCAUUAGAUGUACUAGCAUUAUGUGAAGAUGAAUUAAUAAGUGCUGAAGAUAGUGAAGAACGUAGAUAUGUUGGUGUCGAUUUGAAUCUUGGUGAUUCUUGUGACCCAACAAUUGAAGGUAUUUGGGAUUCCUACCGUGUUAUCAGAAAUGCCAUUAAUGGUGCAACCGGUAUCGCAAGUAAUCUACUGUUAUGUGAUGAAUUAUUAAGAGCAGGUAAGUCCACUCUAAAGGAAGGUGGUGCUCAAUAA